UGAUUUCAUCCCCAUCCAAAUCCCCUCCCUCUCUCUCUCUAGAGCAAGCUAAAGAAGCCAAAAUGAUCAAGAAUUCACCUGCAAUGGUUGCCGCAGCCGCCGCAGCCGCAGCAGCUGAGUCGGAGGAGAAGAAGCCGGAGCCUUCGCCGGAGAAGAAGCCCGGCCAGGCCUUUUCCCGGAAGGGCUGUAUGCGUGGCAAAGGCGGCCCGGAGAACUCCCGCUGCCCCUACAAGGGAGUCCGGCAGCGCACCUGGGGGAAGUGGGUGGCGGAGAUACGAGAGCCCAACCGAGGCGCUCGCCUCUGGUUGGGAACCUUCGACACCGCCCGUGAAGCAGCAGUAGCCUACGACAUCGCUGCCCGCAAGCUCUACGGCGACAACGCCAAGCUCAACAUGCCCGACGGCAAGUCCCCGCCACGCUGCUUCCCGCCGCCUUCCACCCUCGUCCCGGCCAAAUACGUCAACCCCGAUGGGCAUCCCAAGAGGUGCCGCCGCUCCGCCUGCUCCUCCUCCCACAACUCUCCGCCGAUCAAGUUCCCGACACCCCUGAUGUUCCCGCUCUCGCCCCACGCCGAGAAGGUCGGGGAGAAUGAGGUACCCGGAGCUGGCGGGAUCUGGAAGAAAAAUCUGACUCCGAACCUGCCCGCGUUUGACGACUCCGCCUUGUGGGCGGAGGCCACGGCCAGCAUGAACCCUUUCCAGACUAUAAACGAUCCCGGGAUCCUCCCCUCCGUCAAUCCUGACGACAGCAACCCCAGCAAGGCAUGGUCCCCCACCCAGCCAGCUGCGCCACCGCCGCCGCCGCCGAAGGAGCAGCAGAAACAGAAAAAGUUCCCGUGGAAUUAACCUCUGAAGCUUCGGAAGAUUCACCUCCUUUCUGUAUAUUUCCAAUAAAUGGAAAUGCAUAUAUAUAAUAUGAUCCAUACACAUAUAGAUGCAGCAAUAUAGUAGAAAAAAUUGAGAGAAAACAUAAAAAAAAAAUCAGAAAAAAUACAAAAAAAAGAAAAAGACAAAAAGAGAGUGUGAACAGGAAUUGAUAAUUAAUAAUUAAUAAUCAAGGCAGUGCUUGUGAGUCUGCAGCUUGUAAUGGUCUGGUGGAGCCACAGUCGACUCGUCUGUGACAUAUUAAUAAAAUAUAUAUAUAAAUAAAAAUAAAGUUACUAAAUUAA